AUGGCUGUCGAAAUGGAUUACUAUGAAGGAAAUGGCGAGGCAGGACUUGACCUUGAGAUCAAAGAACCCCGUCAAUUCAGAGGCGCUUCGCCGAACCCAUUGAUUGAUGAUAUUCGAGCUCAGAACCUGCCUCGAGGCGUGCUCAUCCCUCUGAAAACGACCCAGGAGGUUCGCCAAGAUCACACUAUUGUGCAGGCGUACAUUACAAGAGCUCCAACCAAGUCUGCUAACGACGUUAUCACACUCCUGCGCGACAUGUGUCCUGACGGUAACGCUAAUACCUUACCGCACCUUCGUCGAUGCGCAAAGCCAUCAGAUCUCCCUGCGCAUCUCAAGACGCAGUUGAUGAAUGACACACCAGUUGGACGGCAGAUUCACACUGCAAAAUCUACCUGGAUAUACAUCAUCGUCGGAGAGGCCAAGGACUUUUCUCAAGAAGAGCUCAUUAUGUUGCUCUCUGGCGUGGAAGGAAUCGAGAAAGAACCCUUCAUAAGUCUUAUUCCAGUUCCACUGUUGGCACCGACCUCCCAGGUCCAGGCCGCCAUGUGGUCUUCACAGUUCUGGCCAACUGUCUAUCGCAAGAAUAACCCUCUGGGACCGCAUCCGGGCAUGGUGGCCCGUGGCACUGACGAUAUCAAGCAUGACACGGCGAUUUGGAUGGCAUUAGCCCAUCGCGUCGCUCUCCAGGCCAAGGCAGCAGGUAUUGGAGAGGCCAUGGGUGCCGUGAUUGUGCAGAGAACCGAAAGCGGUACAGAGCUCGUUGGACUUGCUGGAGACGCCAGACACCACCAAGGAGGUGCCCUAAUCAUGGGUGGCAACAAUCCCAUGUCACACUGCGUCCUGCGCGCUAUUAGCAUGGUGGCCCAGAAACUCGUUCGGUACGAGCGAUUGGCUACCGAACAACCGAUGGAGUCCGCCAAAUUGGACUUUGACGCCUUCCAGGACGUGCCCUUAAUUGAGCUGGAAAGAGAGUGUUACAAGCAAGAACACCCAAACAGAGACGGCUACCUAUGCCACGGACUGGAGCUCUACGUUACUCACGAACCAUGCGUGGCGUGCUCCAUGGGUGUGCUCCACUCACGCAUGGGAAAGGCGGUAUUCUGCAACCAUAUGCCUCAAUCAGGCGGCCUGAGCUCAGAUGAUCGUCCUGAUGGAGGUGGACGAGGAUUGGGUCUUUUCUGGAGACGAGAGCUCAACUGGAGCUUGCUGGCCUGGGAGAUUACCACCUCCGAGGACGAUAUGAGACUCGACACUGCCCUCGCUGGCUGGAGCAGUGCAGGACGAUGGAGUCCUCCGGGCAGGGGAACGCCCAAGCUACGUGGUUUUUACACUUUAUACUGGCAUACAGGGGAUCCGGCGCCUCACUUUGCUGAGGUCGCAUCGCGGCAAAUGCAACAGACCCCGGCGUCUCCACAGGCGGGAAAGCGGGCAGCUGCCCCUCCUAAAGUUUGCGCGAAUCACGCGGCUGCUCUGCCUUGCUCUCCAAGGGCAGAACCCCCCCCCCCCUUUCGCCUUCGCUUCCUCGCCUGGCAUCUCUCGUCUCUCCGCGCAGCUCCCGCAAAGUCUCUUUUAAAAUACCGACUGUCCGAGCGCCCGCUCAGCUCCAGAAAAGCCCGGCCGGCCUCUCCCUCGUUGGCUAAUCGCCAUGCCAUUGAUGUGAAGUUGAUGCGCCUUCGCCCUCAGCCUUGUGCGAACAUCAUCGCCAACGGCAUAACCGCGGCACGCUCCGAGUUUGGCCCCGACACGAUUCUCUCCAGACGCCGCUUUGGCUGUGUGGUGCGGCUGGCCGUGACCGAGACCAGGCUGCGAUCAAGCCCUUUCCGAGCUCGCACCGCAGCGCCGAGCCUGGCGCGAGAAUAUUAUGACCUGGCCCCCGGCUCGUCUGUUUUCAGGUUUGGCUUAACAACUUACACGACGCUCAAGACCAUGGGCAGCAACAACAAACGACCGGCCUCUACUAGCGCUGCGGCGGCGAGCCUUUCGAAAAAGAGGAAGACGGACAAUAUGCAAAAGUACUAUGCCGUACAGGCGGGCUUUGUCCCUGGUGUGUACCUGACAUACUCGGAAUGUCAAGCGCAGACGGCUGGCUUCAAGGGCGCCAUUUUCAAAUCCUUCAUUUCCAGAGACGAUGCCGAAGCGUUUGCCGCCGGGAAAAAAGUUGCUGUGGCUGAUGAGCCCGCGAAAUUCUAUGCCGUCGCAGUCGGCAACCCCACGGGCAUCUUUACAGACUGGUCCGAAGCUUCAAAGUCCAUAACCGGCAUCAAGGGCCCCAAGUACAAACGCUUUGGAACCCGCGCAGAGGCCGUCGCAUACAUCCGACAAUAUGGUAAUCGGGAGGCGAUAGAGGCUUUGGGAGAGAAGGUGGUGGAGCCGGUGAAGAAGGUCGAGGUUGAAGAAGAGCCUGUCACCAUCAAAAAGUUUACUCCCAUCCAGGAGGUGGCCACGAAAAAGCCCGCAGAAGACGUUCUCGACGUAUGGACAGAUGGAAGUAGUCUGGCCAAUGGCACAGCCGGCUCUCGCGCUGGUUUGGGCGUCUACUUUGGAGAUAAAGAUCCCCGCAACCUGGCGGAAAGAUUACCUGGCGAACCACAAACGAACCAGAGAGCGGAACUCAUGGCCAUGCAGCGUGCCCUGGAGAUUGCGCCGUUGGAGCAGCAUGUCCGGAUUCACAGCGAUAGCCAGUAUUCGAUCAAAUGUGUGACUGAAUGGGCGGUCGGGUGGAAGCGGAAGAAUUGGCUGACAGCCAACGGCGAAAAAGUAAAGAAUCAGGACAUUAUACGGGCCGUCCUCGACAAGAUAGAUGAGCGAAACAAGGCGGGUGGCCGAACUUACUUCCAAUGGGUUAAAGGCCAUGCCACAAAUGUUGGCAACAUUGCUGCAGACCGGUUGGCCGUUAGAGGCGCCAACCUCCCCUGA